AUCCGUAUAGGACAAAAAGAUGCUCCAGAAGAUGCUUGCUAAGACAUAGGUUAAAGAAAAAGUCACAGACUUUAGAGGCCACAAACAUAACUUGCUCCUAACCGUUCUUCCGCAACUCGUGCUCUUUUAAGAAACAGAUCAGAGGAAGAGAAAGCUCUGUCAGAGGAGACAUGGAGGAUCUUGUGGGACUUCUUAGGAUCCGAGUGAAAAGAGGGAUGAAUCUUGUUAGUCGAGAUUCUCAGAGCAGCGACCCUUUCGUCGUUGUAACCAUGGGUUCUCAGACAUUAAAGACUCAUCGUGUGGAAAAUAACUGUAACCCUGAGUGGAACGAUGAACUGACGCUUGCAUUCAAUGAUCAUAAUCAACCUGUGAUUCUCGAAGUUUAUGAUAAAGAUACGUUCACUUCCCAUGACAAGAUGGGAGAUGCGGAAAUAGACAUCAGGCCGUUUCUUGAGAUUCAAGCAAUGGGUCUUCAAGACCUCCCUGAUGGAACCGAGGUCAAGAGAGUGAAGCCGAGCACAGACAAUUGCCUGGCUCAAGAGAGCAGGAUCGCGUUCAGUAAUGGAAAGAUCGUCCAAGACAUGGUUCUCAAGCUGAGAAAUGUCGAAAGCGGUGACGUUGAGAUUCAAAUUGAGUGGAUCAGUGUUCCAUAGGGUCAAGGGAUCGUUGAAAGAAGACAUGAAAUAAGCAUAACUGUUAACUGAUUUGUAUUGAGUUUAAUAAAUGUGGUGACAGUGUCGAUAUGCUCGUAGCUAACUCAAAAGGUUAGAAAUUGCAUAUGCAAAAAGAAACAGUACAAAUCUAUUUAUUCCUUGGACAAGAGGUGUUCAUUUGAUCUA